UAUAAUUACCUCAUCGCAGUCCCAUGUUAACUCAGUUUAUUGCGAGGCGCCGAGGCGUUCGUACCCCUAUAACAGUAUCGGUUUCACGAUCGUUAGUCGUUAAGAACGCAUUUCCCAACUGGCUACAAUUAGGCCGAAUUAAUUGUUUUUAAUUCGUAGUUUCUGAAACUAACGAUGCAACCAACAGCUGGCCAAACGAGUUUUCUGGCCCUGCUGGUGCUCGGCCUGCUGAGCUGCGUUUCUGCCUACAACUACCUGAUGGUGGUCCAUACCCCCGCCCGAUCCCAUUACCAUGUGGGAUCUGCCCUGGCCAAGGGAUUAGCCGCUGCGGGACAUCAGGUGACCGUUAUCUCACCCUUCAAGCUGAAGAAACCCACCAAAAACAUCAAAGAAGUGCAGGCCAAGAGCAUUCUGACUUCCAUGCAGGGUCGAAUGGCUAACCUUUUGGAAACCUCGAAGAAGCCCAUAGUUAAGCAGAUCGUUAACUUUCAUGAGAUGGGUAUUAAGAUGACCGAACUUCUGUUGAAUGAAACAUCUGUGAAGGAACUGAUGCAAUCCAACCAGACUUUUGACGCCGUCAUAUCCGAGGUGUUCGUGAACGAAGCCCACUUUGGAUUCGCCGAGCACUUCAAGGCUCCGCUUAUAGGACUAGGCACCUUUGGAGCUAUUAUCUGGAACACAGAUCUGGUGGGAUCUCCUUCACCGCCCUCAUAUGUUCCCAGUGCACUGCUUAAGUUCAGUGACCGUAUGUCCCUCGCAGAGCGAGUGGGCAAUCAGGCCUUCCUCACCUACGAGUACAUCUUCCUCAACUACUUCUACCUGCCGCAACAGGAAGUCCUGUACCGCAAGUACUUCCCCAACAAUAAGCAGGACUUUUACGAUAUGCGCAGGAACACGGCCCUAGUUUUGCUCAAUCAACAUGUAUCCCUCAGCUUUCCCCGACCCUACUCACCCAACAUGAUCGAGGUGGGCGGCAUGCACAUCAAUCGAAAUCGCCAGGCGCUGCCGAAGGACAUUCUGGAGUUCAUUGAGGGUGCCGAGCAUGGAGUUAUCUACUUCUCGAUGGGCUCCAAUCUGAAGAGCACAACACUGCCGUUGGACAAGCGCCAGGCGCUGAUCGACACCUUUGCCCAGCUGAAGCAGCGAGUGCUGUGGAAGUUCGAGGACACCGAGCUGCCCGGAAAGCCCGCCAAUGUGUUCAUCUCGGACUGGUUUCCCCAGGACGACAUCCUUGCCCAUGACAAUGUGCUUGCCUUUAUUACGCACGGCGGUCUGCUGAGCACCACGGAGUCCAUUUACCAUCGCAAACCCUUCGUGGGCAUUCCCAUAUUUGGCGAUCAGUUCCUGAACAUGGCUCGUGCCGAGCAGAAUGGUUAUGGAGUGACUGUUCAUUACACGGAAUUAAGUGCUGCCAAACUGUUAGCAGCGAUUCAGAAAAUAAUCAACGAUCCUGAAGCCACCAAGAAGGUGCGCGACAUGUCCGACAGAUAUCGCGAUCAGCCGCAGACUCCAUUGGAGCGAGCCGUUUACUGGGUGGAGCACGUGUCUCGGCACAAGGGUGCCAAGUACUUGAGGAGCGCUUCCCAGGACCUGAACUUCAUUCAAUACCACAAUCUGGACGCCAUGGUGAUACUAUAUGGCGGCAUUAUAUUCGUGCUCUAUUGUAUUUUCCUGCUGAUCCGUUUGGUGUGGCGAUUCCUGCAGGAAUUGUUCGUGAAGAAGGAGAGUCCCAAGCCAAAGCAGAAAGCCAAACAAAAUUAAGCUCAAGUGAUAAAUAAGUUUAGUAUCCACAGUUUAAAUUAGGGUGCUUAAAAACAAAUUUAAUUUUAACUGGCAAGAACAGAGAAAUUAUUAUUUAAGGUAGUGAAUGAAUAAAAUAGGUAUAGAGUUUCAUAGAAACUCCUUCCUAUUUUCAAUUCAAUUUCAAAGUUAAAACAGUGCAAUUUUCUUAUCGUAUUCCUAUUGUAAUUGUCUGUAAUGAAAUCGACAAAAAUAUAUUUGGUAUGUACGGAUUUUUCCAUAAAC